UGUGGCUGGAGCUCGGACUCCGUUCAUCUGUCACCGGACUGAAAACCCGGUUCUGCUCGGCGGACGCGGUUUGUCAGCUUUAUUUACCGGCUCACCGGGACACGGACACCCGCACAGACGCCGUCGGUGAGACUCGGUGCCGCGUCAGCUGCUGUUUUUUUCAUUAUUUUUGUUUAAUUUAAUGACAUUUUUUUCAACGCGGUAAAAAAAAAAAAAAAAAAAAGUCGCCGUCGUCCGUCUGAAACUGUGCGAGCUAACGGCUAAAGCUAAGCGCUGUGGCUGCUUCGACGCUAUACGGAGAGCAGACGCGGGUUGUUGACUGACGCGUUCGGUGUCCGGUGCUCGGUGUUGAGUCAUGUGUCCGGACUUGUUUGGACUCGGUGACCUGGCUGUGAUGGUUUCCUGACACAUCGUCUCCGCUGCUAACACCUACUUUUCCUCCAGCGGGGCUAGUUAGCAAACAGCGAGCUAACUCGGCUAACUAGCUGCUUCCGACUGACACUCGGCGUCAGCAGCGGUUUUUUCUCUCUUUUUCCUUCGUGGCAUUGAAAUCCGGUUGGACACGUUGGCCGUGUGGUGAUUAACGGCGGAACGAACCAGGCCCGGGGGUCUGUUACCCCCGCUCUUUCGCCCACUGUUCGGGGGGAGGAAGUUACCCGACAGCCGGCUCCUGCAGAGGCGGUACUCCGCCGCAGGAGAGCCCGCACUGAAGCGAGGGAGAGUCGGAAGGUUUGACAGCUGUGAUCCGGGACGUGAACCGGGCAGAGACCUCAUGAAUGGAAAUCGGAACUACAGGAGCCGUUGGGGCCCAGUCCCUGUUCUCCAUGCCUCGGCGGCCUGGCUAUGGCACCAUGGGGAAGCCCAUCAAGCUGCUGGCCAACUGCUUCCAGGUGGAGAUCCCCAAGAUGGAUGUCUACCUCUACGAGGUGGACAUAAAGCCUGACAAGUGUCCGCGGCGAGUCAACAGGGAAGUGGUUGACUCGAUGGUGCAGCACUUCAAGGUGACGAUCUUCGGGGAUCGCAGGCCGGUCUACGAUGGGAAGAAGAGCCUGUACACAGCCAACCCACUGCCCGUGGCUCCCACAGGGGUGGACCUGGAUGUCACUCUGCCAGGUGAAGGAGGGAAAGACCGUCCCUUCAAAGUGUCAAUCAAAUUUGUGUCUCUGGUCAGCUGGCACAUGCUGCACGAGGUACUGACGGGCCGCAGCAUGCCUGAGCCCCUGGAGCUGGACAAACCCAUCAGCACCAACCCGGUCCACGCGGUGGACGUGGUCCUGCGACACCUGCCCUCCAUGAAGUACACUCCGGUGGGUCGAUCCUUCUUCUCGGCUCCAGAGGGCUAUGAUCAUCCUCUGGGAGGCGGGAGGGAGGUGUGGUUUGGCUUCCAUCAGUCUGUGCGGCCCGCCAUGUGGAAGAUGAUGCUCAACAUUGACGUGUCUGCCACCGCGUUCUACAAGGCCCAGCCUGUCAUCCAGUUCAUGUGUGAAGUGCUGGACAUCCACAACAUCGACGAGCAGCCGCGUCCACUCACAGACUCACACCGGGUCAAAUUCACCAAAGAGAUCAAAGGCUUGAAGGUGGAGGUGACGCACUGUGGAACAAUGCGGAGGAAGUACCGCGUCUGCAACGUGACCCGCCGACCUGCCAGCCAUCAAACGUUCCCUUUACAGUUGGAAAACGGUCAGACAGUGGAGCGAACUGUCGCCCAGUACUUCAGGGAGAAGUACAGCCUGCAGCUCAAGUAUCCACAUUUGCCCUGUUUACAAGUGGGUCAGGAGCAGAAGCACACCUACCUCCCCCUGGAGGUGUGUAACAUUGUAGCAGGACAGCGAUGCAUCAAGAAGCUGACGGAUAAUCAGACGUCCACCAUGAUCAAAGCCACAGCUCGUUCUGCACCGGACAGGCAGGAGGAGAUCAGCAGACUGGUGCGUAGUGCCAACUACGAGGCCGACCCAUUUGUGCAGGAGUUCCAGUUCAAAGUGCGCGACGAGAUGGCCCACGUGACGGGGCGAGUGCUACCCGCCCCCAUGCUGCAGUACGGCGGCAGGGUGAGCACAGAGCACUUUAUGAACCGCACUGUGGCCACGCCCAGCCACGGCGUGUGGGACAUGAGAGGGAAGCAGUUCCACACCGGGGUGGAGAUUAAGAUGUGGGCCAUCGCCUGCUUCGCCACACAGAGGCAGUGUCGAGAAGAAAUCCUGAAGGGUUUCACCGACCAGCUACGUAAGAUCUCCAAGGACGCUGGGAUGCCCAUUCAAGGUCAGCCAUGUUUCUGUAAAUACGCCCAGGGAGCGGACAGCGUGGAGCCCAUGUUCAGACACCUGAAGAACACCUACGCCGGGCUGCAGCUCAUCAUUGUCAUCCUGCCAGGAAAGACUCCCGUCUACGCGGAGGUGAAGCGUGUGGGCGACACUCUCCUUGGCAUGGCCACCCAGUGUGUUCAGGUGAAGAACGUGGUGAAGACGUCGCCUCAGACUCUGUCCAACCUCUGCCUCAAGAUCAACGUGAAGCUGGGAGGCAUCAACAACAUCCUGGUGCCUCAUCAACGACCUUCAGUGUUUCAGCAGCCAGUGAUUUUCUUGGGAGCAGACGUAACACAUCCGCCUGCUGGAGAUGGAAAGAAGCCUUCAAUAGCUGCAGUGGUCGGCAGCAUGGACGCCCACCCCAGCAGGUACUGUGCGACUGUGCGGGUCCAGAGGCCCAGGCAGGAGGUCAUCCAGGACCUGGCCUCCAUGGUGCGGGAGCUGCUCAUACAGUUCUACAAAUCCACGCGCUACAAGCCCACCAGGAUCAUUUUCUACAGGGAUGGAGUUUCAGAAGGCCAGUUCAGACAGGUGCUGUAUUAUGAGCUGCUGGCCAUCCGCGAGGCCUGCAUCAGUCUGGAGAAAGAGUAUCAGCCUGGCAUCACCUACAUUGUUGUACAAAAACGUCACCACACACGUCUCUUCUGUGCCGACCGCAACGAAAGAGUUGGACGCAGUGGAAACAUUCCUGCUGGUACGACCGUGGAUACGGACAUCACACAUCCGUACGAGUUUGACUUUUACCUCUGCAGUCACGCUGGAAUACAGGGCACCAGUCGACCCUCUCACUACCACGUCCUGUGGGACGACAACUGUUUCACCGCUGACGAGUUCCAGCUGCUCACCUACCAGUUGUGCCACACCUACGUGCGCUGCACCCGCUCAGUCUCCAUCCCCGCUCCAGCCUACUACGCCCACCUGGUGGCCUUCCGCGCUCGCUACCACCUGGUGGACAAAGAACACGACAGCGCUGAGGGCAGCCACGUGUCCGGUCAGAGUAACGGCCGGGACCCGCAGGCGCUGGCCAAAGCUGUUCAGAUCCACCACGACACCCUGAGGACCAUGUACUUCGCCUGAGCUCCGCACACACACACACACACACACACUUCUCUCCCUGUCAUUGCCCACCCUGUUAACACACACACACACACAGACGCAACCAUGUACGCCAGUGGAGGAGUCCUCACCUUGUCGCGCCCCGCCUGGCGCCUGGCCCCCGCCACCCCCACCCCCACCAGACGCCUCGUCAAUCCGGACCUGACACUGUGCAGAGGGAAGGAGGGAGGGAAGGAGGGAAGGAGACACACCCACAUUGGACUGAGGACGCAAACGUCGCUUUAAAACAGAAAAAAAAACACACAAGAGAGAAACUAUUAUGCAAAAUCAAACCAGCCAACGCGUUGUUUUAUUCUCCGCCCUCUCACAGCGCCUGCUCUGGUCUCUGGAGGUGUAUGUUUUCUUUUAGUUUACCCCUCUUUUUUUCCACUCUUUCACUCGUCUGCUCCUCGGCCGUUCACACGUACCUCAAGUCAGUUUUGAGCAGCAGCACUUUUCACAUUUGUCGUGGAGCAGAGAAGAGUCGGUCUCCGCUGGCGUCUGUUUUCCCUCUGGAUUACAAUUUCACGGUUGCCACUUAUUAUUAUUCUUAUUAUUAUUAUUAUUAUUGUUGAUAUUAUUAUUAUUAUUUUCCCCUCGCUGUAUUUCCUCUCAUGUUUCACUCGUGUAUGUGUGUGUGUGUGUGUGUGGUCAGCAGUUCGUGUGAGCACACUGCCACCUGUUGGCUGACGAGGUAUGACGAGCUGUCGCUGUGUCCGUGUCAGAUCAUUUUUCUCUCACCUAUUUUAAACGUGGGUUUAGUUUUUAAGUGGCUGAUUUCUAUAUCAAUUGCUUAAAUGCAGCCAUGUAUGAGUUUUAUUUAAAGUAUAACACUGUUAUUUUUCCUUCUUCUACAUUAUGGACAUUAUAUUAUUUGUUUGUUUUUAAAAAAAAAUCAUUUAAACGUGUAAUCCUAUGUUUUUAAUCUCGGUAAAUGUCAUUUCUUACUCCAGUGCUUUAUCUCACAUUUCCCUCUGUGGAGUCUGAGGCGGACGUGUUUUCCUCGAGUGCAAUAAUCAGUUGAACGAGGAGGAAAGAGGACGUAAAAAAAAACAACCAUAAAAACAGUUUCCACAUUUCAUUUGAAGACAUUGUGACGUGUUUUCCUCAGAGAGGUGUCGAUGAUGAGUUUUGCCUUUUUUGAGGCAAAGAAAAAACAAAACCGGUGCGAGUGCAGUUUAUGGUAGUUUUCAUGUUUUUACUUGAAUUGAAGAAUUUUAUCGGCCUCUUUUACCAGAAAAAUCAAAGCUUUUCUUCACCAGAGAGCAGCGGAACGAGUCAAAGAGAGGUCGUAGAGAGGUGGUAGAGUUUAAGUGCCUGGUGGAAGUGGAAUUGUUUGACGGUCAGAAGCUGCACAGCCUUAUGACGACGACCCUGUUUGUUUUGUUUUUUGUGGCUAAAAGAAAGUUUCACCUGAAGCCUCUGAAGUCUCUGAUGCCUCUGAUGUCUCUGAAGUCUCUGAUGCCUCUGAAGCCUGUGAAGUCUAUGAUGCCUCGUUUGCACGACACGAUUGUCAGACAUGUUUCCGGCAUGGUUCGGUUUGGUGCAGUACGGUAAAGUCCUGGAUCAGGCUGGUGUUUUGGACUGAGAACAGUACUUUUACCCGGUAGGCGGGGGUGUGGGUGUGGUCUGUGCCCGAUGGUGACGUAGCGUGACGUCGCACGGCAACGAAUGUGACAACAGACGUCCAGCAGCUCUUUUUUUUUUCUGCUCAGUUUGUGGCUGUUGUGGGCGGAGCCAGUCUUGCUCCGCCUUGACUGUACCGUACCAUUUUAAGGAAUGGAAUGUUUGGUUCUUUAUUUAGCUUUUAUGGCUGUAGAAUUGUCAGAAAAUGUUCAGUGAGUGAGUUCUUCUGCUCCUUUUUUUUUUUUAUUCAACCGUUCACUGAGAAGCUAACGUUGCUAACGUGUGACGCACCGGUGAAUCUCGUCUGUGAUUGGAUGCUCGUUCUGCGGGAAGUCCUGAGGUUCUACCGUAAUGACAAGUAUAUUAACGCAAACGCUCUGCUCUCUGGUAUCUUUCCAUCCAUCUUCUACCCUGGACAGAACGCCAGUGCAUAGUUUUUGAAUUUACUAGACAUCACAAACGGUCUAUAGGAGUUACGGUAAUGAGAAGAACACGUGACCGAUCCUGUCUUGUGACGACAGAAGAGUUGAUUUGGUUCUAUUGCUGAAGGAAAUGCAAAGAAAACUGUACUGGACCAAACUGAACCGUUCCACUGGGUGGAAGCGCGGCUGUUUAUGUUAUGAACGUUGUGAAUCCUCAGUGCGAGUUGAGCGAUCGCCCAGAGGAAUACGACAUCUAAAGAUGAUCAAAGAUCGGGUUUGAUGAAACGAUUAAGGCUGCAACCGAUACUCAACCAAGGGUCUACUUUGAUCAUCGACUGAUCGAGUU